AUGGCGACGAGCCCGCUGCCCGGCCCCACGGACAUCCUGCUGCCGUCGCCGUCCAGCGCGUACCCGCCGGACCCCAUGAGCCAGCCGCGGGCCGGCCACGCCGCCAUGAAGCCCAACCAGGUGGGGCAGGUGAUCCUCUACGGCAUCCCCAUCGUGUCCCUGGUGAUCGACGGGCAGGAGCGGCUGUGCCUGGCGCAGAUCUCCAACACGCUGCUCAAGAACUUCAGCUACAACGAGAUCCACAACCGGCGGGUGGCCCUGGGCAUCACCUGCGUGCAGUGCACGCCGGUGCAGCUGGAGAUCCUGCGGCGGGCCGGGGCCAUGCCCAUCUCCUCCCGCCGCUGCGGCAUGAUCACCAAGCGGGAGGCCGAGCGGCUCUGCAAGUCCUUCCUGGGGGAGAACCGGCCGCCCAAACUGCCGGACAACUUCGCCUUCGACGUGUCGCACGAGUGCGCCUGGGGCUGCCGGGGCAGCUUCAUCCCGGCCCGCUACAACAGCUCCCGCGCCAAGUGCAUCAAGUGCAGCUACUGCAGCAUGUACUUCUCCCCCAACAAGUUCAUCUUCCACUCGCACCGCACCCCCGACGCCAAGUACACGCAGCCCGACGCCGCCAACUUCAACUCGUGGCGCCGCCACCUCAAGCUCACCGACAAGAGCCCCCAGGACGAGCUGGUCUUCGCCUGGGAGGACGUCAAGGCCAUGUUCAACGGCGGCAGCCGCAAGCGGGCCCUGCCGCCCGCCCCCCCGGCGCCCCCCGCCGCCGCCGCCGCCGCCGCCCCCUGCCACCCGCUGGGCUCGGUGAAGGCGGCGGCGGCCGUGGUGGGCGGGGGGCUGCUGAGCCCCCACCUGCUGGCGGCACCGCCGGACCUGCACCAGAAGCGGCCCCGCUUCGAGGAGGACGACGAGCUGCAGGAGGCGGUGGCGGCGGCGGUGCACGGCGGCAAGAGCCCGCGGAGCUACCCGGUCAUCCCGGUGCCUAGCAAGGGCUCCUUCGGCGGCGUGCUGCACAAGUUCCCCGCCUGCGGGGGGCUCUUCCCGCACCCCUACGGCUUCCCCGCCGCCGCCUUCGGGCUGUGCCACAAGAAGGAGGAGGGCAGCGGGGGCGGCGGGGCCGAGACCCUCGGCGGGGGGCACAAGGCCGGCGGGGGGGCGUCGGGCGGGGGGCUCUCGGGGCUCUUCUGGCCCGGCAGGAAGGACGCCGCCUUCUACCCGCCCUUCUGCAUGUUCUGGCCGCCCCGCACGCCCGCUGGCCUGCCGGUGCCCACCUACCUGCAGCCGCCGCCGCAGCCCCCCGGCGCUUUGGGCUGCUCGCUGGGCGACGGCGCCGGGCUGCUCCGCCAGGCAUUCCUGGACCUCUCGGAGCCCGGCGGCGAGCCGGGAGCCCCGGGGCUGGCCACGACCCCCGCCUCCGCCUCCGCCGCUCCCCCCCAAGCCCCCGCCGCCGCCGCGGUGCGGGACCCGCUCUUCGAGUCGCCCCCUGGCGGAGGCGGCGGCGCGGAGCCGGCCUCGCCCGCAGCCUCGGAAGGGGGCGGUGGGGCGGCGGGGGGCGGCCGGGUCCCCUCGCAUCCCCCGCACCUGCUGGAAGCCGCGGGGGGCGGCCGCAAGUCGGGGGGUGGCGGCGGUGGCUACCACCACUCCAGCGCUUUCCGCCCGGUGGGCGGCAAGGAGGACUCGGAGAGCCUGGCCAAGCUGCACGGCGGCGGCCCGCACCGCUCUGCAUCGCCGCUGCAACUCCUGCUGCCCCCCCCGCCGCCCCCGCCGCCCCCCGAGGAUGGGGGCUGCGACCGGCACCCGCACCCCCCGCCGCCGCCCCCGCACCCCCCGCACCGCCUCCUCUCCCCCGGCGGCACCAGCUGCAGCUUCGCCAGCGAGGACAGCAGCGAGGAGGAGGACGAGGAGGAUGAGGAGGAUGAGCCCGAGGUGGACGUCGAGGGGCACAAGCCCCCCGAGGAGGAGGAGGAUGAGGAGGAGGAGGAGGAGGAUGGAGAGGAGGAGGAGGACGAGGCUGACCCCCUAGUGGCCUCCAGCCGCUUCUCGCCAGCCCGGGGCCCACUGGAGAAGGGCAGUCGGGAUCGCCCCACUGCCACCAUCCCCUUUGCCCGGCCACCCGUCGAGGAGAAGCCUGGCGAAGGCCAGGUGCCACCACAGCCUCUUCCCGGGCACCCCAAGGCCGGCAGUGGCAGCAGCAGCCCCACACACCACCCGUCGCUGGAGGAGCAGCCCUCCUACAAAGAUAAUCAGAAGAGCAAGGAGAGUAAUCAAGUCAUCUUGCCCACAAAAGAGGAUAACUUCUCAGAUAAGAACAAGGAGCAUAAUUUUUUCAUCACAGAUUCAGAGCCUUCAGGAGGAGACUUCUGGAGAGAUAUAGCAGGUGAACACACACAAGAAACUAAUCCACCUCAUUCACUGAAGAAGGAUGUAGAAAACAUGGGGAAAGAGGAACUCCAGAAGGUUUUGUUUGAACAAAUCGACUUACGGAGGAGACUAGAACAGGAAUUCCAGGUGUUGAAAGGAAAUGCAUCAUUCCCUGUCUUCAAUAAUUUUCAAGAUCAGAUGAAACGGGAGCUGGCAUACAGAGAAGAAAUGGUACAGCAACUACAAAUUAUUCCCUAUGCAGCAAGCUUGAUCAGGAAAGAAAAGCUCGGUGCACACCUCAGCAAAAGCUAA